CGGAAAUGCCCGGGGGAAAUUAUACGGCUGCAACAGCUUGCUACCUUGUGCAAGCUGGCUAGGUAUAGCUAGCUAGUGUAUUGUUUUGCGCACCGAUAGAUAGUUUUGAAUAGGCAGGAGUAAUUAUGAAACAGAAUCCCAACAAAAUUCUAGCCAGAGCCAGAAAGAUUUGCGUUGUUUUUUCUGGCAAGUAGCUUUCAAGGGAGUUUACAGUCAAAUGAGACGGAUGGAGCAAAUUGCUAGCAUGCUAACUGGCUAUCACAUCAAUAUAACUGUUAGCUAACGCACAUUAUUUACUAGUCAACGUGUACUUGAGUGCCCUCAAAUGGACUGUCCAGAGCUAGAUUUUCCGCUAUAAAUGACAUCGUGCUCAAAAUAACAGCUAUCGAUAGGUUUUCAGCGUUGAAAAUGGACAGAGACCUAUUGCGACAGUCCUUGUCAUAUCAUGGCCAAAGCCUGUAUUCAUUUUUAAAAUGUGAACAGAAUGAGAAUCCAGACUUCAAGUUAAUUGCGUCAGACCUUUCCAAGGCCCCACACCAAAGGAGAGACAAGAGUGGUGAAAGUGCUUCUGUUGAGCAGUUCAUCGCUAGAAAAGCGGAUCUGCUGUUCGCGCAUGCGUGGAAAUCGAGUAAACCUGCGGAGGAAGAGUGGCCCGAAGAGGCCGAAGAGCCAUAUGCUGUAAUGCCGCCCCUGGAGCAGUUUUUGGACGUCCCCUUCGACGAACGACGGGACCUAUUCUACAGGGACGUGGAGCGCGGGGACGCCGUUAUCGGCCGGAUCAGCUCCAUCCGGGACUUUGGGUUUUUCAUCACGCUCAUCUGUGUAGGCGGGGGGCUGGAGAGAGACAUCGAGGACCUGGAGCUCACUGCUCUGUGUCCGGUUCGAGACGUGCCGUCCAAUGGUAACCACGACGAUCCUCUGUCGUACUAUCACAUGGGAGAUCUCAUUAGAGCUGGGGUGAAGGACAUUGACCGUUACCAUGGCAAGCUGACGGUGUCCCUCCACACCUCCUCCCUCUCUCCUCACCUGGCCAGGCUGAAGCUGGGGGUCAUCAGCCAGGAGGACCUGCCACUGCAUUACAUCCGAGGUGUGAAGGUGGCGAGCAGCAGCACUGACACCUAUGAGAAGGUUCUGGAAAGUUCCCUGGGCUUCUCCAACCCGUCGAAUGUGGAGUUUCUCCUACGGAGGCUGGGCGUCGGCGAAACCAGGCCGCCUUCCCUGAUGAGGGGCCUCCAGAGCAAGUAUUUCCUCGACGAUGACUAUGGAACGUCGAUCAGAAAGAAGCAGUCCGCCUCCUGGGCCUUAAAAUGCGUGAAGAUCGGAGUGGACCACUUCAAAUCCGGCCGCCACGUUGAUGCGAUGAAUGAGUACAACAAGGCCCUGGAGAUCGACACAAACAAUGUGGAGGCUCUGGUCGCCCGCGGGGCCCUGUACGCCACGAAGGGGAGCCUGUCCAAGGCUAUGGAUGACUUUGAGCUGGCGCUGGAGGCCUGCCCAACGCACAGGAAUGCCAAAAAGUACCUCUGCCAGACCCUGGUGGAACGGGGCGGACAGAUUGAGGAGGAGGAUAAGCUGGUGACGGCAGAAGGCCUGUAUAAGAAGGCUCUGGCCUUGGAUGGGACCUUCCAGGAGGCGGAGGAAGCCCUGCAGAAACUGCAGCUACGCAUCCAGAAAUCCCUGAAACUGAAAGAGGAGGAGAUGGCACAGGAAGAGAGAAGAGAGUCUAAGUGUGUGGAGGCCAGUGCGGAAAAAUUGCGUAAGAUCUUAAAAGAGGAGAAAAGGUAAAUGGACAGAACGGCGGAGGAGAGCCUGCACUCGUUCAGUCCCUCGCUCCCUCUCUCCGGGCUGGGCUGUGUGUCUCUCUCUCUCUCUCUCACUCCGGUGUGGGACUGUUGGGUUUAAUGUAAACGUGUUGAUGGGUAGGUACGGUGUGCUGAAGUUUGAAGGUAUGGUAAGGUCAACGUCCAAAGCUUGUUGAUUAAAAAAAUGAGACUUCCACUUGCAAAUUGAUUAUUAGGUGGGGCGAUUCAGUCGAGUGUGUGGCUUUCUUAACCUUCUAUGUUUGAGGCGUAAAAUGAGCUAGUUCUGGGUUCUUGCCCUUUUCGGUUGUCUAGCCGACGUAACUGAGGUCUGCAUCUCUACGAUCGUACUGCAUUCAUGAUUUAUUAACCGCAGCUAAUGAAUCAGUCGCUCUGGUACGGAGAAGCAUUGUGAAAAUGUGACUCGCUUGACUGUUUUAACUUGAGCUUUCUGAUUUCAUUUCCCUAAUGACUUUCCUUACUCCGAGAUGGGCAACAUUGGCCCUUAGUGAGGCUUUAUUAUUAUCAUUAUUAUUUUAUUUUACUUUUAGAAUGAAAAGGAAAAGGAAGAGAUCAUCAUCGUCGUCGUCGUCCACGUCCAGUACGUCCUCCUCCUCCUCCUCCUCCUCCUCCUCCUCCUCCUCCGGCUGCAGGAAGUCGAGGAGGAGGCGUGGGAAGCGCAG